AUCAAUAGCAUCUUCAAUUAUAGCAUUUUUAGGUCUCUCCCCAAUAUCAGUGGAGAAAUCCAGAGCCAUGGCUGCAAGGGGCCGGCAAGUGGAGAAUAUGGUUAUGUUGAUUAUUUUGUCGUCCAUGUUAAGAGUCCCCAUUAGGGCAGAUCCAGAGACUAAACUUUUAUACUACCAAUGCAACUACAGCCCCAGCAGCAACGCAACCCGCUUUGAGCAAAUUUUGAACGCCGCGCUGGCAUCUGUGGUGAAAGAAGUUGGUGCAUCUGGAUUUGCUACAGCAGAAGAGGAUGCAUCUACAGGGACAGCAACAGAUUCAGUAGUCGUUCUUGCGCAGUGCAGAAAGGAUAAAUCCCCUGCCGAUUGCGUCGAUUGCAUAAAGGUUGCAGGGAACCAAGCACGCAGCUGCGCCUCAGAGUCCUGCAAAGCAUACUACGACGGCUGUUAUCUGCGUUACGAGAAUUACAAUUUUUCUGAUACAUACACUGAUGCCACACAUAGAGCCCUCUGCGGCCAAGCCAACGCCCCUGAUUCCAGUUCAUUUUCGGCAACAGGUCGAACUUUGAUAAGUGAUCUUUGCACUGCAACUCCACUAAUAAAGGAUUAUUUUGCGGCGGAUACGAGACAAGGGCCGUCUAAUACGACAAUCUAUGGACUUGCCUUCUGUCUGAGUUCCAUUCAAAGGAAUUCCUGCCAAGAUUGCCUAAAGAUUGCUCAGGAAAACAUAAUUAAGUGUUUUCCUCGCUCCGAUGGACGGGCUAUAGACGUUGGCUGCUACUUGCGAUACGAUUCCAAACCCUUUUUUCCAAGCAACGCGACUACCUAUUUGACACCAUUCCUACCCACAGGUUAG